AUGUCCUCUUUUUUACUCUGCGGACCGUGCUCUGCAUCUGUCUCCUCCUCGUCUCUGUUAUUAAGCAGUCGACGACACGCGACAAAUGACGGUAGCAAUAGUUUUAGCACAGUUUUAGCAACUCAAAAUCAGAGAAAACCAGCGGGGAAAAGGAAUGCUUUAAAGAUAGUGUCCAUGGGAAACGUCAACGAAGGCGGCGUGUUCGCGCCACUCGUGGUCGCCAUCAGACCAAUCAUCGGCGUGAAACGAUUCAACCAAUUACGAGGCAAAGCGAUUUCUUUACACUCGCAAGUGAUUGGCGAUUUCUGCUCGGAGUUUGGCGCGACGACGAAACAACGACAAAAACUGAUCAAAACCGCGAAAGCCAACGGGGGGAGGCUUGGAUUUUUGGCGUGA